CUUUUCUUGGUUUAAUCAUAUAAAUAAUGAGUACGGAAUUACAACUAAUUGAUGUUAUAUUAUUUAAUCAUGUCUAAUAAUUUUUCUCCUCAGUAGCUUUAAGAAUACUGCUUUAUGACUAGGUAAUUGAAAGGAUAGUUAAAAACAAAAUUUUUCCCACUACUGUUGAAUAGUUUUCUUCAGAAUGUCACCCUGCCUUUUAUUGCACCCUGUAAUAAAACUACUUGAAUUGCUAAGAAUGGGGAAGAGAUUGUUUCUGAUGAUUUUCCACACUUUGACCCUCCCCAUUGUAAAAGAUUGCUGUUAGUACUUUUCUGUUAGUUUGAAAAGGAUAUUCCUGUUAACAACAUCUCUCCACACAAGCUCUGUUGGAUAUUUGAUGCCAGUUGCACUUUGUAUUUUUGAAAAUAAUUUGAUUUAAUAAGAAAAUAUGAAGAUUGAAGACAGCAACAAACUUUGUGUUCAGCCACUUGGACGAGAUGAACAAGGGAAUAUUUAUUGGUAUUUUUAUGGAUUGCGUCUUUAUAGAGAAGAAUGUUCCAUACCACCAGAAAGUCUGAAAAUGCUGUGGGAAGAAGAAUGGAGAAGAGAAUGUGAGAAAUAUUUUAACAAUAAAGAAAGAAAAAUGAAGUAUAAAAGCAAAAUUAAAUAUUAUCGAAAGAAAAUGAAAUCCUUUGAAAAAAAUAAAUUGAAGAAUUUGAAAGAUCAAAAUCAUUCACAACCAAAAUGGACUGUUAUAUGUAACACCUUAGAAGAUUGGUAUAAGUUAGCAGAAAGACUUCGUAAAAGCAAAUCAUUAUGGGAGAAAAAAUUAUACAAUGUUUUAGCUGAUGGAUUUCUUGCUGCAAUAGAAAAAUUAGCUGAAGAGAAGGGUGAUAUUUCAGAUUACAAAUAUACAGAACGACGAUCUUCUGCUAGAAUUGAAGAAAAGCAAAGAGAUAAGGAAAUUUUUGACAAUUUUGCAUUAAGAAAUGAACAGACAAUNAAUAUACAUAAGUUUUAUAAAAUUUAUAAAAUUAUCUUGAUUUAA